AUGAGCAAACAAACAUUGAGGAAAAGGCGGCGACCACUUACAACCCAUGAAUUGUUAUCGGAGCUAGAAAAUAUUGACGAUGAUGAUCCUAAUCAAUAUGAUAUAUACGUUACUCCACCUAAUGAUACUGGAAACAUAACGGAUGAAGAUUCCGGGGAAGACGACUCAAAUGAUCCUGAUCGGCUGAAUAAAAAUCAGCUUCAUACUUUCGCGGUGACAAAUGGAUUAGGGAACUAUCUCUUUAUAAUGGGAAGAAAUAGAUGUCUAGAUGCUAUAAAAACUGGACGGGCUGUCGUUGAACUAAUGCCGGAUACUAGUCUUUUGCAAUCAAUAGCAUUAGCAGAAACUAUUAAAGAAGACUAUUCUUGUAAAGGAGCCUAUUAUGUUGAUCCGCUUGGACAAUUGAACGAUGUUGUGGUUUCUGGGACAAUAAGAGUCACAUUAGGACAGGCAAAAUCACCAGCCGAUCUAACAAAGAAUACUAUACACCUACGCACAGGAGUGACAUGCGACUACUCAAGGGGGUCAUGUAGUGACUACAAAGAGGAAGAAACCUAUUGGGAACCGUUAUUUUGUAAAUAA